AUGAUGACGAGGAUGUCCACGCUGGUGUCGCAGGUGGUUGCUGAAGUGGAAGCAGUGCAAAACCAGAACCUUAUGAUGCGUGACAAGCUGCAGGCAAGCCAGAUUCCAGUGCCAGAGCUCGAAGACUUCAAGAACGGGCUAAGUCUCCCGGGUGCUGCAGAGCUUUCUGGCACGCUCGGCGACGGUUUUACCGGCUCGAAGCAGCGUGGACGGCGAGCCAGCUUACAGAUGCGACCGGCGAGGGCUCAGCAGCGUCGUAAGUCAUCCACCUCUCAGAUUGGUGACCUGGAGAAUGCUCUCCAAGUCUCUCCAACUGCAGGAAUGGUUCGACCUGGAACCCCUGGUUCGAACAACCACUACGUUGACAUGGCGGAGCAAACCCUGGAGUUGCGACAGAAGAAGGAGCAGCAGAAGAAGGAUCUGCAGGGCUUGAAGAACUGGAACUCCAAAAAGGUAUCCCGCUUGAGGUCGGUUACCGAUAUGACUGGAUCAAGUACUCCAAUUUCUCCUCCAGUCCCGCUUCAAGAUCUCCCAUUGGACCAGCAGGUGGAACAAGAGGGCAAAGUCUUCGGCAGUCCCGAGGCCCUCAAGGAUGAAGUCCGCAAAGCUUUGCAGAAAGAAGACUACAGCGUUGCUCGACACUACAAGAACAAAGGCUGGGCCCAAAAGAUUGCCAGAAGUCAAGCUUUCGAGAUUGCAACUCUCGUCCUCAUCGGGGUGAACUGCCUUUGGAUGUCUGUUGAUGCGGAUCUGAACCGUGCCACAUUAUUGCCAGAAGCGGAGCCCAUCUUCCAGGUUGCUGAGAAUCUUUUUUGCAUCCUCUUCACGAUGGAGCUGCUCCUUCGUUUCCUGGCCCUGAAGCACAAAAGGAAGUGCAUUCGAGACCCAUGGUUUGUUUUCGAUGCAUUCCUCGUUGCAUUGAUGAUUGUGGAGACUUGGGGUGUGUAUGUUGUUUAUUUCAUCAAUGGCACUAGUGUUGGCAUUUUCCAGAAUGCCACCAUUCUUCGAAUUCUACGUAUCUUGAGGUUGUUGCGAACGGCACGCAUGGCGAAGCUUCUGCGCACGAUGCCUGAGCUUAUGCUUCUUAUUAAAGGCAUUGUCGUUGCAACCAGAUCCGUCUUCUUCACGCUGGCUCUGCUGGCGAUCAUCAUCUACGUCUUCGCCAUCAUCUUUAUGCAGCUCGCAAAAGAUGUCCCGGAUUUAGGACUCCGAAGAGACUUUGUCCCGACAAACGGUAAUGCAACUGUCGCCGAGCUCGAGUACUUGUACUUUGAUAGGUUCGGAUCCUCCAUGCACACACUGCUCUUUGAGGCGACGGCCGGAGAUUCCGUCUUCUGCAAUCUCGCAAGGGCUCAGGUCGUGCAGGAUACCUUUAGUGUUAAGCUGGGCAACGCCCAGUGGUAG